GGGAAAGGGCGGGACGACAGUGUUAGCGGGAGGGAGGGGAAGGCCUCGGGAACCCAGCCGCGCUGCCGCCGCCGCCGCCGCCGCCGCAGCCCGAGUCGGAGGAGGGAGAAACCAGUGAGAAAAUGGCGGCCGUGGCUGCUGAGGCGGCGGCGACCGCGGCGUCUCCCGGGGACGGGGGCGCCGGCGAGGCUGAGCCGGAGCUGGAGCCCAUCCCCGGCAGCGAGGCCGGCACCCCCCUCCCGGUCACGGCCACCGAGGCGGCGGUGCCGGACGGCGAGGCCGACGGGCGCCAGUCCGCCCCUCAGGCCGACGAGCAGCCGCUGCCGCCGCCGCCGCCGCCACCGCCUCCGGGGGAGCUGGCGGGUAGCCCCGAGGCUGAGGCCAAGCCUCCCGAGCCCGCGGCCGCCCCGGCCCCGCCGCCCGAGCAGCCCCCGGCCGCCCCCGAGCAGUCCGAGGACGUGCCGCGGCCGCCGCUAGCUCCGGCGCUCGUGCCGCCGGCGGGCGGGGACUCGGCGGUGUCGCAGCUCAUCCCCGGCUCGGAGGUGCGGGUCACGCUGGACCACAUCAUCGAGGACGCGCUCGUCGUGUCGUUCCGCCUCGGGGAGAAGCUCUUCUCCGGGGUCCUCAUGGACCUGUCGAAAAGGUUUGGGCCCCAUGGGAUCCCUGUGACAGUAUUUCCCAAAAGGGAAUAUAAGGAUAAACCGGACGCCAUGCAGCUCCAAAGUAACACAUUCCAAGAAGGGAUAGAAGUUAAGCGGGAAGUGAAUGGUGCUGUUCCCGAUGACCUUUCUCCAGUCCCUCCUCCUGAGCGCCUGUGGACUUCCAAACCACCUCCUCUCUUCCACGAAGGAGCACCUUAUCCUCCCCCCUUGUUUAUCAGGGACACAUAUAACCAAUCAAUACCUCAGCCACCUCCUCGCAAAAUUAAGCGACCCAAACGAAAAAUGUACAGGGAAGAACCCACUUCAAUAAUGAAUGCGAUCAAGCUACGGCCCAGGCAAGUCCUGUGUGACAAGUGUAAAACCAGUGUUGUUGCAGAAAAGAAGGAGAUUAGGAAAGGCAGCAGUGACUCUUCUAGGUAUGAAGAUAAAAAACGGAGAAAUGACAGUGUAGCUACUGUGAACAAAAAACUGAAAACUGACCAUAAAGUGGAUGGGAAAAACCAAAACGAAAGCCAGAGAAGAAAUGCUGUGGUGAGGGUUUCCAACAUUGCUCACAGCAGAGGCAGGGUAGUCAAAGUUUCUGCUCAGGCAAACACGUCAAAAGCUCAGUUAAGUACCAAGAAGGUGCUCCAGAGCAAGAACAUGGAUCAUGCAAAAGCUCGGGAAGUAUUAAAAAUUGCCAAAGAAAAGGCACAGAAGAAGCAAAGUGAAACCUCUACUUCCAAAAACACACACUCGAAAGUCCAUUUCACACGUCGCUAUCAGAAUCCUAGCUCAGGUUCCCUCCCACCUCGGGUGCGUUUAAAACCACAAAGGUACAGGAACGAAGAAAAUGACUCUUCUCUGAAGACAGGACUGGAGAAAAUUCGGAGUGGCAAGCUGGCCCCUAAGCCGCAGUCUCGCUGCACCUCCACCCGCUCAGCAGGUGAGGCCCCUUCAGAAAAUCAGAGUCCCUCAGAAGGCCUGGAAGAGGCCACCAGUGAGGUUCAGGACACAAGCGAAGUGUAUGUGCCCGGUGAGCAGGAGGAUCUGCAGACGGUGGGCCAAAAGGGCAGCAAAAGCAAUCUCUCUGUUUACCUGACCCUAAAUCAAGAGAAAUCUGACUCUUGCAGUGCUUCAGUGUGUAGCAUUGAUAGCAUGGAUGAUGUGAAAUCCUCCAACUCGGAGUGUAGCUCUUCUGAGAGCUUUGUCUUUCCUCCAGGCAGUAUGCAUGCACCCUCCACUUCCUCCACUUCCUCCACUUCCUCCUCUUCAAAGGAGGAGAAAAGUCUCAGCAAUUCCUUGAAAAUGAAAAUCUUUUCCAAAAAUGUCUCUAAGUGUAUCACACCAGAUGGCAGGACCAUAUGUGUAGGGGACAUUGUUUGGGCCAAGAUAUAUGGCUUCCCAUGGUGGCCAGCCCAAAUUCUUACCAUAACUGUAAGCCGGAAAGAUAACGGCCUUUUAGCCCGACAGGAGGCCCGUAUUUCAUGGUUUGCAUCUCCAACAACAUCUUUCCUUGCUCUUUCACAACUCUCCCCCUUUCUAGAAAACUUCCAGUUACGCUUUAAUAAGAAGAGAAAGGGUCUGUAUCGCAGGGCUAUCUCAGAGGCAGCUAAGGCUGCUAAGCAGCUGACCCCUGAAGUGCGGGCUUUGUUGACACAGUUUGAAACGUGAGCAUGGACAGUAAGGUAGGCGAGAACCGCUGGAGCGGCCGCAGUUCCCUGGCUAGUUAGAAAUCCUUUCCACCAGCUAGCUUGGCCAAACUGGAAAGAAAUUGCACUCAGUUGGCUUUUUAUACUUUAUAUAGCCAUUUUUAGACUAAGAAGCUGAAAACUGAACAUGCUGUCAAAUUUUCUCUUAACGAACUGAGAUUUUUAGCAGUAUUUUCCAGUUUUGAAAUCUAAAACCAUCCUAAGGCACAGAAGCCAUAGCCUCAAAUGAAACUGAAUUUUUGCAGGGACUGUUAAUUGCCAUUUUGUACCUAUUGUAUAUAUAUAUACACAUAUAUAAACUAUUACCUGUCACCAUGUGACAAGGGUUGCAUAUGUGGGGUUUUAGUAAGGGCCGGUGAGCUGGGGGAAACAGUGAAUAUUUAAUGACUACUUGUUUAAUAAUUAGUGAACACUUAGACUUUCUAUGCACAUAAUGGUAUAAAAGUUGAUAUUGGGUGUUUGACAAACUGAGAUGCUUGCUAUGACAAAUUGGGAUGCUUGCCGUUUAGUUAUAGACCAGGCUGUACAUAUUGUCCAGUAUUUAGGGUUAAAACUAUUAAGACUGAACAGGCUUGAGUCACCACUCUUGUCUAAUGGGAACAUAACAAACUUCAGACUUUUGGUUGGGAAGUUUAGAUAGGUUUUGUUUGGGGUAUGUGAAUAAUUGAGUGCACAUUUGGUCAGAUUUCUCCUGACUGGCUGGUCCUAAAUUUUUAGGACAGAGCCUUAGUAAUUUACACUUUGUGAAUUAAUGUCAUGUGUAAUUGUUGCAUUUUGGAUGUACCUAAUUUGAUAAUUUUUAAGAAGCAUUUCCGUUUAAGGUAAUCUGUUUGCAGGUCAGAAAAUGAGAAAAAUGUAAUUGUGUAAUGCAUUGAAA